AUGCUUCAAAAGGGCCAGUUACUGGUCUUUGUCAAAUCCAUUGCUAGCGCAGAAGAGCUUUCCCAGAAUUUCCAAGACUUUCUUGGGAAGAAGACGGAAUUCCUUCAUGGAGAUCUGGAUCAAGGUGAACGCAUGCGAAUCCUGAAGAAUGUGCGGAAGCGAGUGGUUGAUGUGCUUAUUGCCACAGACGUUGCUGCCAGAGGUCUUGACUUACCUAGCAUUUUCACUGUGGUCUCCUACGAUGCUGCUCGUGAUAUUGAAACGCAUACACAUCGCAUAGGCCGCACGGGGCGCGCCGGUGCAGAGGGGCAGGCCUACACUCUCCUCACCAACGAUGAUCAGAACAAGAAGAUGGCUGCUCUAUUGGUUGAAAACUUGGAGCAAGCCAAGCAGGUUGUUCCCGAGGAUUUGAAGGGUCUGGCGAUGAAGUACGGCCCGUUUCGAGCAGCGAAGCUAGAGGGGCGAAGUUUUCUUGGCAAGAAGAAAGGUGGAAAGGAGCUCGCCAAGCGGUUGGACAAAGAAGCCGACCAGUUGGCAGAGUUGGGAGCCUUUCGAAUGCAAGGUCAAGUGCUUGCCAAUGCCCAUAUGCAUGCUGCAGGUAUCCAUGUUCCUCCGGUUGCAGCGCCAGUGCCUGCUGCAGCUCCGGCACCUGUGGUGCCCUUGCCAGGGGCUCUGGGGGAGGCUGGGCCUUACAAGAAAGGAGAUGUGGUGGCUCGGGAACCCACAGCCCUGCCCGCUGGAUCGGUUCACAUUGGCGAGCGAGGAGUGGUUCCUGCAGGUGUUGGGAGCAUCUUAGUGAAGAAGCACUGGAUGCGGACCUCAGACAUUCCCAGAGGAGAUCGCUCCACCUAUGAGCAUGAGUGCCUGUCUCGAAUCUUGGAGAGCAUGGUGAUGGUCGACCAGCUGAACGCUCCAGCCCUGCAGUCAGCUGAAUUGUUGCGCCGCAGGCUUCAAGUGAUCAGAGAAGCCCACCGCAUUUCGCCUGGACAGCCUGACUACAGUGCAUCUGAUGUGAUGAUGGGUUGGAAGUACAGGCGCAGUGGACAAGGCAUUGACUCUACAUUGGCUGCACAUGUGGCAAAUGAGUUGAAAGCUGAGGCAGCCAUCGCGAAGGAGGCCAGAAAAGCUCGUGAGGAGCAAGCAGCCCGCCGUAAAGGUCGCAACCCGAAGAAAGGCGCGGCCGAAGGCGGGGGGGAAGGAUGA